GCCGCGUUAGGCAUUCAACACGUAUAAAAGCGUAUAACAAGAGUUAACACGUGACCCAAUCCCGGCUUCUACUCCCUAGAUCACCACCGCCAUCUUUGGUGCACCGCCACACAAUGGACCCCCAGCCACCGCCACCGCCACCACAACCACAACCACAACCACAACCACAACCACAAGCUACCACACCAAAACUUCGCCUAAUGUGCAGUUAUGGUGGCCAAAUAAUCCCACAUCCCCACACCAAAUCCCUCUUCUAUUCAGGUGGUGACACCCGCCUCAUCUCCAUCCCCACCGGUACGAGCACCGGCACCGCCAACUGUCUCACACUCUCAUCUUUAAUCACUCACUUAUCUACAACUCUGAAAAUAACCACGCCAAUCACUCUGAAAUACCAACUUCCACAUCACAAUCUUGAUUCUCUCAUUUCGCUUUCUACCGAUGAAGAUGUCCUUAUCAUGCUUGAUGAGCACCAAAACAACCGUACACCUUCACGUAUUAGAUUAUUUGUGUUUCCAACCAAACCCUUUUUGAAUCAGCCCGAGUUAAAGGCUACAACUCAGUUAAAUCACCCGAAGACUGAGACUUGGUUUGUUGAUGCAUUAAAGAAUGCAAAGAUUGUGCAUCUUGAGGGUAAUGGUAAUAAUGGUGGUGGGUUCAGUGGUGCUGAGUCUGUGGUUUUGGAAACUUCUUCUUCUUUUGGGUCUACUUCGUCUUCGGUUUCGUUGUCAAAUUUGGGUGUUAAAGGUGGUUUUGUUGAGGAUAAUGGGACUAGUUUGGUGGAUAAUAAGGUUAAAUUGCCUACCCCAGAAGGAAUUUCUAGUGAUCAUGGUCUGGGAACUGCGGUUUGUCAGGAUUCACAGUUUGUGACGUAUCAAGAUCCAGUUGGGGCUGUUACUUCAGUGGAGAGUAAAGCUUCUCUUAUAAAUCCAUUUGAAUCGGAGAGUAAAAUCCCUGAUCCUCCUCCUCCCAUGGGGGUUGAGAUGCAUAAAACAGUUCCUGUUUCUGGGUAUCCAGUGACGUUACAAUAUGGUCAGCCACAACAACUGCAAUUCAUUCAAACAGGUGGCCCACAGUAUAUACCCCAGGACUCGAGUGUUGUAGCGCCAAUGUCUUCUUACUAUGUAAUGAGUUCUCCAGUGCCUCAGCAGCAGUUUUAUUAUCAGGCCAACCACCCUCAGCCGAUAUACCUAGUGCCCGUUGCGCAGCCACACAAUUUACCCGAGCAAAAAGGUUUGAUGAACACUGCAACUGUUGCUUCUAGCCGUCCUCCAGUGCAUCAUCAUGAUUCUACCAUGCUCCCUGCUCAAGUAGCUUAUCCUGUAGCUGAUUUAACCUCACAAGUAUAUAGAGCAAUCCCAAGAACAAGUUCGCCUGAUACUUUACCUUCUAAUGAAAAUAAGCAACGAUGUGGAGGACCUCCUCAAAUGAAUCACCAACCCCAGCCUUUAUGUGCUGCUUCCAAGGAUAGUGGUAACUAUAGUAAACAAAUUGAUAAUGAUCAUGUUCAUGCCCAAAUAUACAAGUCUCAGCCUCCGCCUCCGCCUCUGACACUGCCUUCUCAGUAUCAAACCAUGACCCCUGCCACAACAAUCUUGUUAUCAGAGGCUAUUGCACGGUUAAAUACAGAUAGCAUUAAGCAGCAACAGCCAAGAAUAUCAAGCGAUGAUGAGUAUAAUCUACACUAAAACAUGGGGACAGCUGUUUUUGGCGAAUUGGAUUUUCCUUCCAUGGAUUCUAAAUUUUGGUAGUAUAAUAUUUUAUUAAUCUGUAAUAGAAGUGAUGAUCCAAUCUUCUUACCCUUUUUUUAAUAUUUCCUUGUUUGUAUGAUGGUAAUAUUGUUAUUUGAAAUUAGGUGCUUAAGGUUAUACAACUAAAUCCUUACAGUAAUAUUCUACGCUUGAA